GACUCGGACUUUGAAGAUGAAGGUACUGAAGUUGGUGAGGAACGUACCUCAACAGAUAUCAAGAGAGAGAAAAGUAUGGCUAAACAGCAAAAUCACUUCAUAGACAUCUUGUUGGAGAAAUUAUUGGUACACGCCGUGAUUCCUGAUAAGCAGGACCUUGAAACAAGAUUAAAUGACCCAAUAAGAAAAGAGACCGAAAGUUUAUCGAUCCCAAAAUUUACUAAAAACUUGAGGAAAAUGACCGCUAAGCUAGGUGGGAUGUUUCAAGCUCAAUACUUUAUACUGAGAAUAUUCCAUUGGACUCGACCAUCACUCACUAUAUCUGCAUUGAUGAUCUAUACAUUUAUUGUUCUUCAUCCAACCUUGUUAUUCAUACUGCCGUUGAUUUUCUUGCUAUACGGGAUAAUGGUUCCUGGAUAUAUCUAUAGACACCCAAUCCAUAAACCCAAAUUAUUGAAGGUUAAACAAAGAGGUGAAUCAUUAUUGGAGAAAUUUUCCAAAAUUGAGAACAAUAAAAAAAUGGCAAAAUUGCUUGAAGAAGAAAAAGCUUUUGAAGAAGAAGAGAUUGAAAGAAGAGUUCCAGAAUUAAAUGAAAAGAUCGAUACUAAUGUGCGGCUGUUGAAGAAAAACAUGGAGUUUUUGGUGAAUAUGAGAGACUUACAAAACUCUUUGUCAAACUUAUUAAAAAUGGUUUCUAAUGUUGAGAGAUUUUGGUAUGGAACUGCUGGUUUCAAAGAUGAAAGAGUUUCAACUUCAUUGUUCUUCACAAUUUUCCUCACUGUAUGUUUUUUCAUUUUAAUUGGACCAUACAUUCCUUGGAGACUGUUGUUGAUUACAAUGGGAUGGAAUUUGUUGCUAUUGGUACAUCCAAAAGUUUUCCCCAAGAUUCAAGAAUUCAAUAACUUGAUAAAACCUCAAAAGAAGGAAAUUGACAAGAUUGUGAAAGAUUCGGAGAGAAAAGAUAUCAUACUUGAUGAACCACCUGAAAUAAGAGAAGUUGAAAUCUUUGAAAUAUUCAAGAAGAGUGUUUCAUCUUCACAAUGGGAAUUUUAUUUAUUCUCAAAGAGUAUUUUUGAUAUGACGGAUCAAUACAGAAGGGCCCAAAAGCCUCCACCUGGUGUGGCCACAAUAGAUCAAGUUAAUCCACCUAAAGGAUGGAGAUUCGAAGAUGAUGAUCCAUGGAAUAUCGAUUAUGAAUGCAAAGAAUGGUGUCAAAAUCGUGGAUUACGUCUUAACCGUGAUAAUUAUAUCGAUAUGCAUAAUGAGUUUUAUAUUGAUGAUGAGUUUAAGAGGAGAAGAUUAUUUAGAAACGUUAUUAGAUAUUCGAGA